GCCAUUUUCCCCUCACUCACACUCACGCUCACACUUUUCACUAUGAAGAGUCGCACUAUACUGUAGUGUAGCCAACGCAUAGUCCGUUCCAUUUCCAAAUUCAUUCAUUCAUCUCCAUAAACCCAAAACCCUAACAAUUCCAACCUCAUUCCGACAAUGGUGUUUGAUUGGCCUGAUAUUCAGCAAUGACAAUGAGCUGUCAUAGAGAACUUUUAGGCAGUUCUUGUUUCAUAUAUGCAUCAAACCGGCAUUUGACUUACUUUUUGGUGGAAGAAGUUCCAACCCUUUUUUUCUUUUCUGAAAAUAUAGUACUGUACAACUAAAAAGGAAACAAGAUGGUGAGUGUCUCUGGCUUUGAAGAAGUUGUUGAGCCACCAGCUUUACCUCCAUCACCUCCUGAUGUGCUUCCUGAUAUGGAAACAGAACAAAUAGCUCUCCCAACCUAUUCUAUUAUCAGUAGGCCUGGUGUUGGGACCACAGGAAAGCGCAUAGCUUUGCUUGUAAACCUCUUCAAAGUUGCUGCUGAUGCUACAGAUGCAACCUUUUUCCAGUAUAGUGUUACUAUCACUUCGGAAGAUAAAAGAGUCAUUGAAAACAAGGGCAUCGGGAGAAAACUGAUUGAUAAGCUUCACCAAACAUACUCUUCUGAACUUGGUGGAAAAAGCUUUGUGUAUGAUGGAGAUAGAACUUUGUACACAGUCGGUCCUCUUCCAGAUAAUAAAUUUGAGUUCACAGUAUUACUUGAGGAAUCAUUUGCCAAGCACAGCAGUACUGAGUGUCCUGGUGCUGAUGGAAGCCCUCAUGGGGAAAAUAAAAGGUCAAAACGUUCUUUUCCGCCAAAGGCAUUCACAGUGGAGAUAAGUUUUUCUGCCAAAAUACCCUUGCAAUCCAUUGCUCUUUCCCUUAAAGGGAUUGAGUCAUAUGCUAAUUCUCAGGAUGCAUUGAGGGUGCUUGAUACCAUACUGAGGCAGCGAGCAGCUAACAGAGGGUGUCUCUUGGUAAGGCAAUCUUUUUUUCAUGAUGACUCGAAGAAUUUCAUUGAUGUUGGAGGUGGAGUAACAGGAGUUCGGGGUUUCCAUUCCAGUUUUCGUCUUACACAGGGAGGAUUGUCUCUUAAUAUGGAUGUGUCCACAACGAUGAUUGUAAAACCUGGACCUGUAAUUGAUUUUCUCCUAACCAACCAGAGUGUGAGGGAACCUCGUUAUAUUGACUGGGCAAAGGCCAAGAGAAUGCUUAAAAAUUUAAGAGUUCGUGCUACUCAUCGUAAUCAAGAAUUCAAAAUUUCUGGCUUGAGUGAGAAACCCUGCAUUCAACAACUUUUUAGUUUGAAGAUGAAAAAUGGAGAAGACAGUAAUGCGGAGAAGACAGUUGAUGUUACUGUGUAUGAGUAUUUUGCUAAACACCGUGGCAUUGAGCUUACCUCUUCUGCUUACCUUCCAUGUCUUGAUGUUGGGAAGCCAAAUCGGCCCAUCUUUUUACCCCUGGAGCUAUGUUCACUUCUUCCCCUCCAGCGUUAUACGAAGGCAUUAUCUCCUGUGCAAAGAGCAUCUUUAGUUGAAAAAUCACGCCAAAAGCCUCAAGAAAGAAUCAAAAUUCUGACAAAUGCUAUAGGAAAUUCUUGCUAUGAUGAUGAUGCUGUUCUUACGGCAUGUGGCAUUUCUAUUGACAAACAAUUCACUCCAGUUGAAGGUCGGGUUCUUGAGACACCAAAAUUAAAGGUGGGUAAGAAUGAGGACUGCUUCCCUAAUAAUGGAAGGUGGAACUUUAAAAACAAGACACUUCUACAACCAUCACAUAUUGAAUAUUGGGCUGUUGUCAACUUUUCUGCACAAUGUGAUACUAGUUACAUAACAAGGGAGCUGAUCAAAUGUGGAAUGAGCAAGGGAAUUAAUAUUGAACGGCCAUUUACUUUAAUAGAGGAAGAAGCACAAAUGAGAAAAUCUAACCCGGUUGCAAGGGUUGAAAAGAUGUUUGAACUGCUGAUAUCAAAACUUACUAAAAGACCAAAGUUGAUUCUUUGUGUCUUGCCAGAGAGGAAAAACUGCAACAUAUAUGGGCCCUGGAAAAGGAAGUGUCUGAGUGAAAUUGGGGUUGUCACACAGUGUAUUUCCCCUCUCAAGAUCACUGACCAGUACCUUACCAAUGUACUUCUUAAAAUAAAUUCUAAGCUUGGUGGAAUAAAUUCUUUGCUGGCAAUUGAGCAUUCUGGGAAUCUUACCUUGCUUAAAGAUACCCCAACAAUGAUUUUAGGGAUGGAUGUCUCUCAUGGUUCCCCUGGCCGAUCAGAUAUUCCAUCCAUAGCAGCUGUUGUUGGAUCUCGAUGUUGGCCUCUAAUUUCGAGGUAUAGAGCAUCUGUGAGAUCGCAGUCACCUAAGGUUGAGAUGAUUGAUGCUCUAUUCAAGCCUUUGGGUGAUGGAAUUGAUGAUGGUAUUAUCAGGGAAUUGCUUCUAGAUUUCUAUCAUACAAGUAAUCACAAACCAACUCAAAUUAUUCUCUUCAGGGAUGGAGUUAGUGAAUCACAAUUUCAACAGGUUUUGAAUAUAGAGCUUAACCAGAUAAUAAAGGCCUAUAAAUAUAUUGACGGGGUUGAUGUUCCCAAGUUCACUGUAAUUGUGGCACAGAAGAAUCACCAUAUAAAGCUGUUUCAAGCUAAUGCUCUUGAAAACGUUCCUCCUGGGACAGUUGUCGACACAAAAAUUGUGCAUCCAAGAAAUUAUGAUUUCUACAUGUGUACUCAUGCUGGAAUGAUUGGAACGUCUAGGCCUGUACAUUAUCAUGUGUUGCUUGAUGAAAUUGGAUUCUCACCAGAUGGCUUGCAAAAUUUGAUCAAUUCGCUGGCUUAUGUGAACCAAAGGAGCACUACUGCAACCUCAAUUGUGGCACCUAUAUGCUAUGCCCACCAUGCUGCAGCUCAAAUGCGACAGUUUCUGAAUUUCGAUGAGUUAUCAGAAGCAUCUUUGAGUCCUGAUUCUGAGGGAAACAUCCCAAUUCCAGAACUUCCAAGGUUGCAUACAGAUGUCAACACCUCUAUGUUCUUCUGUUGAGAUGGAACAGUACAUACAUUUUGAUUGGGCAGUUAAAGUGGAUAACUCUGGGAUGUACAGUUAACAUAGAUGUUAAGACCCAAAUUUUGGUCUAGGAAAUCACUCAGUGAGGGUUGUGGGAAAUGUUAUUGUUACCAUCAUAUCAAUCAUGGUAAUAUUGAACGUUUAACAUUAUACUUGGCUUUUGUGCACACCUUACUUGUUUUGAAACAGUUAUUUCCUGUACUAAUGUCACACUGAUGUGAAGCCUGCCUAGUGAUUUGGAUCAUUUUGGUUUAUGAUUUUACUAUGUUGCUGUUGGUUACUAGAGCAGAAUGGAAUUACUAGUA